AUGUUGUACACACAGGAGCAGAAGGAUAGGCUGAUAUACCGUUUUAAGAUGCAGUGUUCGAAGAGAAGAGAGGCGCUCGUGAAAGACCAACAGAGGAUGUGCACGAUCUUUGAGGCGAAGGUUCAGAGACGGUUAGCAGCAGUGCCGAAGAAGUUUUCCCACUUGAAGAUCAAGGACGUGUUGGCUGUGGAAAGGGAUCACAAGAUUAAGAUUUACGAAUUGCUCAGUGAUGUUAGUGGCCUGUACCGUUCUAGCACGACGAACAGCCAGAAUAGCGUGUCAGACGCACUGUUGAGAGAGGAAGUUGCAAAGAUGAAGCAGAAGCAGGACGAAGGUCUUCGAUUGUUACAGAAGAGGAAAGAGAGCAUGCUGCAGGGACGUGUAACUAAGCCAAAGCAUAAGUGA